AUGGCCAUCCACCCCGUCUUCACUCGCGCACUGCAUCAAGCCCAUCCCGAAGCUUUGAUCCAACAGCACGGUACCACCCUGCGCGCCUCUACCGGCCAACAGUACUUCGCAAAGAUCGGCGACCCGAGCGAGCAAGACCAGUACACAGGGGAGGCCGAGUCUCUGAAGGCAAUGGGAGUCGCUGCCCCUGGUAUCGUCCCGGCGAUGAUCUGCAGCGGACUCAUUGACACUGACUGCAAGUGGCGAGAAAGCGACGUGGGAAGGCCAUAUUUCCUCUCAGAGUACAAGGACAUAAGCUCGCUCACCACUGACGCGGCAAGCGAGCUUGGGAAGCGUCUGGCCACCGAAAUGCACACCUACCGCAGUUCGAACGGGAAGUUUGGAUUCCAUUUACCGACCUUCUGCGGUCCCACGAGGCAGGACAACGGCUGGUAUGAUAAGUGGUCAGAGUGCUUCGAUGCGCUCAUAGGCGGCUUGGUGGACAAAUUGGAGGCCAAAGGCGGUUUUAGCUCGCUCUGUCGACAGGCUGCGCAGGUGAGGGAAAGAUCUUACCCUGACCCUUCUCAAGCAUCAUUUUAUGACGAUGGUUAUGGAUUCGACGGCGACGGCGAGGAACAAGAAGACAUCACCCAGGAAGACUGUUGGGCUGUCAUCUCCGCUUUCUUCAACGAGAAGGGCCUCGUCAGACAGCAGCUGGACUCUUUCGACGAGUUUGUGAACAACACAAUGCAAGAACUCGUCGAUGAGAAUGCGGACCUAAUCCUCGACCAAGCUGACCAACAUACGGGACACGAGACGGAUGUGACGCGUCGCUAUGAAAUCAAGUUCGGCCAAGUUUAUCUUUCCAAACCCCUCAUCACGGAGCCCGAUGGCUCUGUCGUACCACUCUUCCCUCAAGAAUGCCGCCUCCGUAACCUGACGUACUCCGCGCCACUCUACAUGGAGUUGAGGAAGAGGGUCCUCAUGGGUAGGGAGGAUCCUGAUAGUGCUACGGGAGACAUGAUUUGGGAGUCGGAAUUUGAUGAACGGGCAGAGGAGCACGAGAAAGUGUGGAUAGGCAAGGUGCCCAUCAUGCUGCGUUCCGGUUUCUGCAUUCUCCAAACCUGCGAAGACGAUGAACUCAACGCCUUGAACGAAUGCCCUUUCGACUCUGGAGGCUACUUCAUCAUCAACGGCUCAGAGAAGGUGCUCAUUGCUCAGGAGCGCAUGGCCACCAAUCACGUCUACGUCUUCGCGAAGGCCCAGCCAUCUCCCAUUAGCUUCUUGGCGGAGAUUCGUAGUGCGGUUGAGAAGGGUGGCAAGACUAUCAGUCAGUUCCAGGUGAAACUGUAUCACCGCAGCCAAGACCUUGGGCAAUGUCAUGAAGGCGACCAUCCUUACAUCAAAGUAGACAUCCCGAUCUGGGUCGUCUUCCGAGCUCUGGGGAUAAUCUCCGACCGCGACAUUCUCGAGCAUAUUUGUUAUGAUAUGCAAGAUAAUCAGAUGCUGGAGAUGCUGAAGCCAUGUAUCGACGAGGGCUUCGUAAUUCAGGAUCGCGAGGUUUGUUUUCUUCAUGUCCUUUGGUCUCAACCGGAGCGUCGUCUACGCUACGCACAAGAAAUCCUGCAAAAAGAGAUGCUGCCUCAUGUUUCCAUGGCCGAAGGAUCUGAGUCGAAGAAGGCUUAUUUCUUUGGAUACAUGAUCCACCACCUCGAUGACCGUGACCACUUCGGCAAGAAGCGACUCGACCUGGCUGACGUGUACCGCUACCUCCAGAAGUGUGUCGAGACCCACAAGGAGUUCAACCUCGCGCUUGCUGUUAAGCACAACACCAUCACCAACGGUCUCAAAUACUCUCUUGCGACUGGUAACUGGGGAGACCAAAAGAAGACCAUGUCCUCUAAGGCCGGCGUAUCACAGGUGUUGAACCGCUACACGUACGCGUCAACCCUCUCCCACUUGCGUCGUUGCAAUACCCCUCUUGGCCGAGAAGGCAAGAUCGCCAAACCUCGUCAGCUCCACAACACUCACUGGGGCAUGGUAUGCCCCGCGGAGACACCGGAAGGACAAGCUUGCGGUCUGGUCAAGAACCUCUCACUCAUGUCAUGCAUUUCCGUCGGCUCGCUUUCCGGUCCCGUCAUCGAGUUCUUGGAAGAAUGGGGUCUGGAGAGUCUUGAAGAGCGUAACCAUGCCACGGCGUCAUACACCAAGAUCUUCGUCAACGGCGUUUGGAUGGGCGUGCACCGCAAUCCUGCUCAGCUCGUCUCUGUUGUCCGUGACACCCGUGAGCGCGAGCUGCGCCUCUACACCGACGCUGGUCGAGUCUGCCGUCCACUAUUCAUCGUCGAAAAUCAGCAGCUUCUCAUCAAGAAGAAACACGUCGAGCUGAUCGGCACUAUAAAGCCGGAAAUCGGUGCAGACAAGGACACCGUUCCAGACAAGGACCCCAUUCCAGACCAGGACGCCGUUCCGGACAAAGACAAGAAAAAAGACAUAAACCGUUUCGGCUGGAAUGAUCUCAUCCAGGAGGGCGUCAUCGAGUUGCUGGAUGCCGAGGAAGAGGAGACCGUGAUGAUUUCCAUGACUCCUCAAGAUCUGGAGGAAUCUCGGGCUCGUGCAGCGGGGCUCGAGCCAGUCGAAGAGGAGAAUGAGGACCCGUCGGCGCGCCUGAAGGCCGUGACUCAUGCUCACACUUGGACGCAUUGCGAGAUUCAUCCAAGUAUGAUUCUGGGGGUAUGUGCCAGCAUCAUUCCCUUCCCCGACCACAACCAGUCCCCGCGUAAUACCUACCAAUCCGCUAUGGGCAAGCAAGCCAUGGGUAUCUUCCUCACCAAUUUCCUGAUUCGCAUGGACACGAUGGCGAACAUUCUCUACUACCCUCAGAAGCCCCUUGCAACCACCCGUUCUAUGGAAUAUCUCAAGUUCCGGGAGCUACCAGCCGGUCAGAACGCUGUGGAAGAUUCCGUCAUCAUGAACCAGUCCUCGAUCGACCGUGGUCUGUUCCGCAGUAUCUACUACCGGAGCUACAUGGACCUGGAGAAGAAGUCGGGUGUACAGCAGCUCGAAGAGUUUGAGAAGCCUACCCGCGACACCACGUUGCGCAUGAAGCACGGGACCUACGACAAGCUUGAGGAGGAUGGUCUCAUCGCUCCAGGAACAAACGUCAACGGUGAAGACAUCAUCAUCGGCAAAACGGCUCCUAUUCCUCCAGACAGCGAAGAACUUGGCCAGCGGACGCGGAGUCAUACCAAGCGCGAUGUCUCGACUCCUCUCAAGAGCACCGAGCAGGGUAUCGUUGAUCAGGUGCUCCUUACGACGAACGCCGAGGGCCAGAAGUUCGUCAAAAUUCGCGUCCGUUCGACCCGCAUCCCUCAGAUUGGCGACAAGUUCGCCUCUCGUCACGGUCAGAAGGGUACGAUCGGUAUCACCUACCGCCAGGAGGACAUGCCGUUCACCGCCGAGGGCAUCACGCCCGACAUCAUCAUCAAUCCCCACGCCAUUCCCUCUCGUAUGACGAUCGGUCACUUGGUCGAGUGUCUACUCUCCAAGCUUGCCACCCUCAUCGGCCAAGAGGGUGACGCGACGCCUUUCACCGACCUCACUGUCGAGUCUGUCUCCGGCUACCUACGUCAGAAGGGCUACCAGUCCCGCGGUCUCGAGAUCAUGUACCAUGGGCACAGCGGCCGCAAGCUCCAGGCGCAGGUUUACCUCGGUCCCACGUACUACCAGCGCCUCAAGCACAUGGUCGACGACAAGAUCCACUCGCGUGCGCGUGGACCGGUGCAGAUCCUUACUCGUCAGCCCGUCGAGGGUCGCAGUCGUGACGGUGGUCUGCGGUUCGGAGAGAUGGAGCGUGAUUGCAUGAUCUCGCACGGUGUCGCAGCGUUCUUGAAAGAGCGUCUCUUCGAGGCCAGCGACGCAUACCGACUGCACGUCUGCGACAUUUGCGGUCUCACUGCUAUCGCGAACCUCAAAAAGCAAACGUUCGAGUGUCGUGCUUGCAAGAACAAGACUGCUUGUUCACAAAUUUACAUCCCUUAUGCCGCCAAGCUGCUCUUCCAGGAAUUGCAAAGUAUGAACAUCGCGGCUCGACUGUACACUACGUCGACGGGACGUAUUCGGAUUAGUGCAUGGACUCCACCUUCAGCCUGCUGUCAGAGAUGA